ACCGCCGCCGCACACCUGUUUGCCUGUUUGGCUUUACUUGCGCUCGCAGUCACCUGGGCCCAUCUGGGUGCGGGUCGCUUAGUGGGGAAGGCCGAGGCGAGGCGGCGCCAGUGAGCCUGCGCGCCGACGGCGGCCAGAAGGGGCCAGAGGCGGUGCCGCCGGUGACAGACGCGAGCCCCACCUUUCCCACGUGGCCGCGAAGACAGGCUCAGGAGCAUCUGUUGGGUGCCUACAGCCCAUGAGGAAGGGAUGAAGAUGGCCACCAAGCGCAUCACCCAGGAGACCUUUGAUGCAGCUGUUCGUGAGAACAUCGAGGAGUUUGAGAUGGGGCCAGAGGAAGCAGUGAAAGAGGCUGUGGAGCAGUUUGAAUCACAAGGGGUCGAACUGAGCAACAUUAUAAAGAUGGCACCCAAAAUCUCUGCAGAUGGACUUCAGGAGCCUAUACACGACAUCCUGCAGAUCCUGGAAGACCUGCAGGAGUCCGUGGCCUGCUAUUACCCCCAGGAGGUGUCAGCACAACUUACCCGCUUUUGUGAGCAAUGCAAGCAGCACAAGGCCUGCCGCUUUCUGGCAGCUCAGAAGGGUGCCUACCCCAUUCUACUUGCUGCCUGGAAGCUGGCUGCAGCGGGUGACCAGGGACUUCUGCUCCAGGCCCUCAAUGCUCUGUCAGCACUGAUCAAUGGCCAGCCCGACCUCUUGGACACCCAGGGCCUAAAGCUGCUGGUGACCACUCUGGACCAGCAUGCCGAUGCAGCUGAUCUGAUUUGCUCUGGGAUCCGCUGCAUACGCCAUGCCUGCCUGAAACAUGAGCAGAAUCGGCAGAGUCUGGUGAAGGCUGGGGUGCUGCCCCUAUUAACUGGUGCCAUCGUCAGGCACAGCCGCUCUGCCGAUGUGGUCAGGGAGGCCUCUUGGGCCCUCCGCAUCAUGACUUUUGAUGAUGACAUUCGUGUGCCCUUCGGCAAUGCCCACGACCACGCCAAGCUGAUUGUGCAGGAGAACGGAGGCUUGAAGGUGCUCAUCGAGGCUGCCAAAGCGUUCCCUGACAACCCCAGCGUCCUGAGUGAGCUCUGCAGCACUUUGUCCCAUCUGACUGUUCGCAACGAGUUCUGUCAAGAGGUCGUAGACCUCGGGGGCCUUGGCAUCCUGGUGGCCCUAUUGGCCAACUGCAACAACCAUCAGGACCUUGUGAAGCAAGUGCUGAGUGCCCUGAGGGCCAUUGCAGGCAAUGAUGAUGUGAAGGAUGCCAUUGUCCGUGCAGGUGGGACAGAGUCCAUUGUGGCUGCCAUGACCCGGCACCUGGCCAGCCCCCAGGUAUGCGAGCAGAGCUGUGCAGCCCUGUGUGUCCUGGCCCUGCGCAAGCCCGAGAACAGCCGGAUUAUUGUGGAGGGCGGUGGUGCUUUGGCUGCACUGGAGGCGAUGAAGGCACACCCGAAGGAGGCUGGUGUGCAGGUGGGUAAGGAAGUAGGAGAGGCAGAAGCCCGCAUGCAGAAGGGGGGCCAGACAGGCCCUCCUCGUCCCUGUCCCUGUCCCCAUUCCCAUCAUGGCCCAAGCCUUAUAGGUUCCUAUUCCUUCCCAGCUCCUAGAGUUCUGCAGCUACAUGCCAUCCUCCAGAGUAUACUGUCCCUGCUCCUUUAUUCUGUGUUUGAUAUUUUCUUUUAGGCUCU